CUCCAACAAGCAGGCAGGACACAUGCGUUUCCUACAGUGCAGCACAUUCUUCUAGACACAUCAGCCAAUACCUGGAAGUGCAACGGGACACUGCUUUGUUUUGAGGUGCGUAUACUGUAUGCUACAGGACGAUGAGCAAAAGGCCACAGCAGCAUGCUCGUUUGAUGAGUGCGCCUACUUUGAACAACCUGCCCAGAGAUCUAGGAAACCCCAGCACCAGCGUCAUGAACAGCGUCUGUGCAGCGGUGAUCAAAGUGUUCCAAGGAGAGGCACUGCAGGCCAAUGAACUCCAUGGACUGAUGGAGAGCAUCAGAUGGCUCCUGAAGACAGAAAUGGGCUCCUUCAUCACAGAAUAUUUCCAGAAUCAGCUUUUGAACAAAGGUCUGGCAUUUAUAGUGGACAAGAUCCAAGGAUCUGAAGGUGACCGCAAGCUCCAUGUCCUGUCUGAAACAUGGGAACGAUUUUUCACAGAGAUCCUCCCAACAUUACAAGCUAUAUUCUGUCCGCUACAGGGCCAGGAGCUGUCUGUGAGGCAGAUGGCGCUGCUGAGCUUCAGGGACCUGGUGCUGAUGAAGCUUCCCCUGAAGGACCUGCUGCCCAGCAACAGCAACAGCAACAGCAACAGCAACAGCAACCCAGCGCUGGCACCGGUACCUGCUGCCAUCACACAGAUGCUGCUCGUACUUCAGGGAGUUCAUGAGCCUCGAGGUCUGAGCUUGGACUAUUGCCAACUAGAGGAACUGAUACAGAUGGUGAUUUCCCCAUACUUAAGAAACUGCCUUCAUAAGAAUCACACCACAAAAUAUACAAGGCAUGUAAUGCACCCACAUCCCCGAACGACGGCAGCACACCUGCGCAAUCAGGGCCCGCCGCCAGAGAUCCUCAUCACUCAGCACCUGUCGAACGGCUCGCUGCUGCUGCUAGACCCCCUGGUGGAGCAGGACGGGGAGCUGUACCUGGAGCGCUUGGGCCCCACGCGCCGACACACCGUCUCAAACUCCCACUCUGACGCCCAGCUGCUGGGAGUAGCUCAAGCAGCAGGAGGAAGAGGAGGUGGUUAA